AUGCUAGAGCACAAAUACGGGGGGCACCUGGUGUCCCGGCCAGCCUGCACCAUCCAGACGGCCUUCCGCCAGUACCAGCUCAGCAAGAACUUCGAGAAGAUCCGCAACUCGCUGCUGGAGAGCCGCCUGCCGCGCCGCAUCUCCCUGCGCCGGGCUCCCGCCACGGCCGAGGCGCCGGUGCCGGGCCGCGGGCCCCCCCUGCCCCCCGGGCUGGCGGGCGCGCUCACCGAGCUGGAGGACUCCUUCACGGAGCAGGUGCAGUCCCUGGCCAAGUCCAUCGACGACGCGCUGAGCAGCUGGAGCCUCCGGGCCAUGUGCUCCCUGCAGGAGGGCGGCGCCUUCCAGCUGCGCGGGGCCCUGCGCGCCCGGCCCGGCCCGGAGGCCGAGCUGGCGGAGGCGGCCGGCGGCGGCGGGGCCCCCCCGGGCCCCGGGGAGGAGGCGCGCGGCGGCGGCGGGGCGCUCGUGAUGGCCUUCCGCGACGUCACCGUGCAGAUCGCCAGCCAGAACAUCUCCCUGUCCUCGUCCGCCGCGCUGUCCCUGGCCGACUGCCUGGGCGUGCGGGCCGCGGCCGGAGGGGGGCGACCGGGGCGAGGGCCCCCCGCCGGAGGAAGGGCCGCCCGGCGCCGAGCCCGCCGCCCUCGCCCCCGGCGCCCCCCGGCCGGCCGGGAGGCCGCGGCGGCCGCCAAGGCGGAGGAGGAGGAGGAGGAGGAGGAGGAGGAGGAGGAGGAGGCCGGGGAGGCCGGGAACGCGGCCGAGGCGGAGGCCGGGGAGGCCGCGGAGGACGGGGAGCAGCCCCAGGGCGGCACCCCCGCCGCCCGGACGGCCCCGCCGCCCGGCUCCGAGCCCCCGGCCUCGGCCUCCGGGGAGGCCCUGCAGGCCAUGCUGCUGAGCCUGCCGCGCUACCACUGCGAGAACCCCGCCAGCUGCCGCUCCCCCACGCUGUCCACCGACACGCUGCGCAAGCGUCUCUACCGCAUCGGCCUCAACCUCUUCAACAUAAACCCGGACAAAGGCAUCCAGUUCCUCAUCUCCAGGGGCUUCAUCCCCGACACCCCCAUCGGCGUGGCCCACUUCCUGCUGCAGCGCAAGGGCCUCAGCCGCCAGAUGAUCGGCGAGUUCCUGGGCAGCAGCAAGAAGCAGUUCAACCGCGACGUGCUGGACUGCGUGGUGGACGAGAUGGACUUCUCCGGCAUGGAGCUGGACGAGGCCCUGCGCAAGUUCCAGGCCCACAUCCGCGUGCAGGGCGAGGCCCAGAAGGUGGAGCGCCUCAUCGAGGCCUUCAGCCAGCGCUACUGCAUGUGCAACCCGGAGGUGGUGCAGCAGUUCCACAACCCCGACACCAUCUUCAUCCUCGCCUUCGCCAUCAUCCUCCUCAACACCGACAUGUACAGCCCCAACAUCAAGCCCGACCGCAAGAUGGUGCUGGAGGACUUCAUCCGGAACCUGAGGGGCGUGGACGAUGGGGCCGACAUCCCCCGGGAGCUGGUGGCGGGCAUCUAUGAGAGGGUGCAGCAGAAGGAACUCAAGUCCAACGAGGACCACGUCACCUACGUCACCAAGGUGGAGAAGUCCAUCGUGGGCAUGAAGACGGUGCUGUCCAUGCCGCACCGCCGCCUGGUCUGCUGCAGCCGGCUCUUCGAGGUGACGGACGUGAACAAGCUGCAGAAGCAGGCCGCGCACCAGAGGGAGGUGUUCCUCUUCAACGACCUGCUGGUGAUCCUCAAGCUGUGCCCCAAGAAGAAGAGCGCGUCCACGUACACCUUCUGCAAGUCGGUCGGCCUGCUGGGCAUGCAGUUCCACCUGUUCGAGAACGAGUAUUACUCCCAUGGCAUCUCCCUGGUGACCCCGCUCCCGGGCUCGGAGAAGAAGCAGGUGCUGCACUUCUGCGCCCUGGGCUCCGACGAGAUGCAGAAGUUCGUGGAGGACCUGCAGGAGUCCAUCGCCGAGGUGACCGAGCUGGAGCAGAUCCGCAUCGAGUGGGAGCUGGAGAGGCAGCAGGGGACCAAGACGCUGACUUUCAAGGCUGGGGGUGCAGGUGAGCUGCAGCCCAAGCCAGGAUCCCCCCCAGCCAGCAGGGAGCCGGCGGCGGCCGGGGAGAAGCCCGCGGCGGGGGAGAGCCCGGGGGAGGUUUUAAUCAGUGCCUCCCCAGCCCGAAUCACCAUUUUACCAAUUCCGAGAGAUACCAUUAAAAGUUACUGCUAG